AUGUCUGCGUACUAUCACUUCAACGCCCACCAGCAGCAUCCUACCCCGACGACAGCAACCGCUGUCUCCCACAGCCACCAUGGAGGGCGAAACCGGCGAGCGCCGAGGCUAUCCGUCGCACAGAAUCCUCACAAGCAAUUUCGAGGAGUGAGGAGCAUGAAAGAGCUUACCGAGUCGGCAAACCUUGCGGCUUUUCGGACGAAGUUCGAGGCCGGCCGAUCGUUUGACCUCGAGGACGAUAUGGAAUUCUGUCCCGGCUUGUUGACCGAGAGCGAUCUCGUGUCGAUUCACAGCUCAUCCUCCGAACGGUCAUCAUUGGCAAGCAACUCGCCCCAAGGCUCACCGACGCAGCCUGCCGUCCAAGUCGCAUCCGGCUUCUCACUGCAGUCGAGUUCCGCGGCCUUUAUCCCUCCGGCGUACCAAAGUCACGCUUCACCCCUGAAACUUCACCAGCCCUCUGCCACCCGCGUUCGCAACGCCAUCCCAAUUGUCAACCCUGCUACGGGCAUCACGAUGUCCAGUCCGUCACCCUCGGUAUCGCCCGCCCGGAUGCAGCCCCAAGCCGUCGGACGGCGGUGGUGA